AUGUCCCAACACAGCUUCGAUGGCCAGCGCGCCCUGGCUUCCCGCCCGCGCGCCCGCGCGAGCGCCGAGCCACCGCAUCCUAUCGUCCUGCGCGUGGGCCCCACUCACCAAUCUGCCCCACGCCCCACCUCCUGUUUAUCUUCUCCGAAACCGCCCUCCACGCAUGACUCCCCCACGACGGUUCCAUUUGCCCCAGCACCCCAUUUCCCUCUCCCUCUCCCUCACACGCGCCCACACCUCCGCUGCCACCGCCGUUCACGCCGUGCUGCAUCUGCAGCCGCGCCAUCGCCCGUCACCUGGUGCCCCGCCGCUCUAAGCUCGCAUCGUCGUCCGCCGAGGAUCCUGCGUGGAGCCGUUGCCGAGAUCACGAUUUGUUUCCGCGCUCCGAGGAAUCGACGAUCAAGCGUCGGUGACCAAAUGAUCAAGCUCUCUGAGUUUUAUGAGGUUGAAGAUCCUGAGCAUCUGUUUGGUGAAGGUUGCCUUUGGUGCAAUCUAUACUCAAGUAAAGAAGAAGGCGUCGAGGCGGAUCUCCAGGAGUUCCAGGACUUCGACGAGUUCGAGGAUUAGGCUAGCGACCACCCCCAAGUUAGCUGCCUGUGGUGGGUUUAUUUACGUUGGCUACGUUUCUAUUCUGUGUACUUUGAUUAUAUUAUGUAAAUGACUCUAGUCUUUAUAUUAUUACUUACUCUUUAUU